UAUCAUCACAAUAGAGUGACAGACACAAAUUCAAUACCAGACAAGCAACAACCCAUCAAAUUGGACUCUCAACAACGACAACGACAAAAAAUCUCUCCAUCUCCCUUCUGUUCUCGUUCUCGCAUUCAAGAAUCACGCCCCUCUUCAACGGAACAAAAACGCAGGUUGAUCUUGAUUGAUUGGUUAGUUUCUAGAGAUAUUGAGAAAGUGAAAAAAGACAUUGUUUGUCAUCUGAAAUCCAUCGUCAUCGAGAGCUUACAUUGUUUCCAUAUUGCGUGGAUUUGCUAUUCGUAACUAGAAAAUGAAAUCAGGUUGUCCCAAUUAGGAAACGGUAUUGGUUUUCUGUCCUUUGGAUAAUGCGAGUUUGUUGCUGGGGAAUUGUAAAGGAGGUUGUGUUCUAUGCUCGUAGGAGUUGUGCGGAUUAAUGGUAACAUAUAUAGAAGCUUUUAUGCUAUGAUAGUUUUGUUUUCUGCACUUCUUGGAGAUUUAGGUUUGAGUCGGAUAAUUAGUGGAUUUUGAAGUUCGUUUGCUUAAUAAUUUGGACAUGAGAAGCCCUUGGUUCAAUAAACCACUUGCUAUUUUUGGCCCCAGACCGCCAAUUAGUUGGUUGCUGUUGUGCGUUGUUUGUGUGCUUGCACUGAUAGCUAUCUUGGGUUCUACUUCUCUGAGUGCGUUUGAUUCCGUGACUCCCAUUCCCGUGCUUGAUAUUUAUUCAAAUUAUAGAAGGUUAAAGGAGCAAGCGGCAGUUGACUAUUUAGAGCUUAGAACACUCUCAUCAGGAGCUGGUCGGCAAAGAGAGCUGGGACUUUGUGGCAGAGAACAAGAAAAUUAUGUUCCUUGUUACAAUGUCUCAGCAAAUUUGUUGACUGGGCUUAAAGAUGGGGAGGAGUUUGAUCGGCAUUGUGAAAUGUCAAGACCGAGGGAACAAUGUUUGGUUCGCCCUCCAAAGGACUAUAAGAUUCCCUUAAGGUGGCCUGCUGGUAAGGAUGUGAUCUGGAGCGGAAAUGUUAAGAUAACCAAAGAUCAGUUUCUUUCUUCCGGAAGCAUGACCAAAAGGUUGAUGUUACUGGAAGAGAAUCAAUUUGCCUUCCACUCUGAGGAUGGAUUGAUCUUUGAUGGUGUGAAAGAUUAUUCUCACCAGGUUGCAGAGAUGAUAGGAUUAGGAGGUGACUCUGAAUUUGUUCACGCUGGUGUGCAAACUGUGCUGGACAUUGGUUGUGGAUUUGGUAGCUUUGGAGCUCAUUUAGUAUCACUGAAACUAAUGCCUGUUUGUAUUGCGGCAUAUGAGGCAACCGGAAGCCAAGUUCAAAUGGCCCUCGAAAGAGGUCUUCCAGCAAUGAUUGGCAAUUUUAUUUCACGACAACUUCCAUAUCCAACAUUGUCAUUUGAUAUGAUUCAUUGUGCUCAAUGCGGUAUUGUUUGGGAUAAAAAAGAUGGUAUGCUCCUUAUAGAAGUGGAUCGAGUUCUCAAGCCUGGAGGUUACUUUGUUUUAACUUCACCAGCAAGCAAUCCACAUGGAAGUUCAUUGAGUACGAAGAAGAGAAGCACACUGACACCAAUAGAAGAAUUUACUGAAGAAAUCUGUUGGAAUCUUAUAGCUCAGCAGGAUGAGACUUUCAUCUGGCAGAAAACUGUGGAUGUUCAUUGCUAUAAAACUCGUAAGCAUGGGGCUAUACCAAUUUGUAAUGAUGGCCACGAUUCUUCAUCUUAUUAUCAACCCCUUGUGUCAUGUAUAAGUGGGGCCACCAGCAACCGCUGGAUUCCCAUCCAGAACAGGUCCUCUGGUCCCCAUUUGAGCUCAGCAGAGCUUGAAAUUCAUGGAGUUCAGCCGGAAGAUUACUUUGAAGACUCUCAGGUUUGGAGAUCAGCUCUGAGAAACUACUGGUCUUUACUUUCACCUAUAAUUUUCUCCGACCAUCCUAAGAGACCAGGUGAUGAAGAUCCAACACCUCCAUUUAACAUGGUACGCAACGUCAUGGAUAUGAAUGCUCGAUAUGGAGGUUUAAAUGCUGCAAUGCUGGAGGAAAAUAAAUUAGUUUGGGUGAUGAAUGUAGUGCCUGUCAGGGCUCCUAAUACACUUCCUCUCAUACUUGAUCGUGGUUUUGCUGGUGUCUUGCAUGACUGGUGUGAGCCAUUCCCCACAUACCCCCGAACAUAUGACUUGCUUCAUGCUAAUGGGCUUCUUGCACAUCUCAGUUCAGAAAGAUGCAGCAUGAUGGAUUUAUUUUUAGAGAUGGAUCGAAUUCUACGCCCUGAGGGAUGGGUUAUCUUUUCUGAUAAAUUAGGAGCUAUUGAGAUGGCACAGGCACUUGCCAUGCAGAUACACUGGGAAGCUAGGGUGAUUGACCUAGAUAAUGGCAGUGACCAGCGGCUACUUGUUUGCCAAAAACCAUUUGUGAAAAAAUGAGUGAUCCAGCAACAGAAGUCUCAUGACCAUGGAAGUGAACAUGUUUUUGCUCCGAUCACGAAAUUUUUUUGACAGCUUCACAACGUGAUAAAUGCCUGGGCUUGAGUUCAAUGGAUAAAACAGACGUUGGGGAAGCGUGGGCUGUAGAUUAGAAGAAGGCCUGAUUCAGAAGUGGGCAGCGAAGCAUUCCAAAUUUUUUGUCAAAGCAUUUGUAGUAAUUCUUUCAUCAUGCUCUUUCUUUCUUUUAAUUCUUUCGAGUGUUAAUUUCUUUAUUAUUUCAGUAUGGGACACACUACAUUGGACAACUCAUUGUAUUACACUGUCGCGUGAUAACUGACCGGCAAGGAAAUGAUAGUUACAAAUAUAUUCUUGCUC